AAUCCCAUUGUGUAUGCUCGCGUAUUCGUGGGCGAGGCAGCAGCGAACGACAUGCUACCGACCGAAGCUUGGAUAGAGCUAGAGGAGAGGAUGAACGUGCUCUGCGGGGCUGGGUGGAGCCGGUUAGUUGAUGACGGCAGGAGGCUGAUGCGGAGGGCUGGACUGGUUUCAGGUUGA